GGAGGCGGGAAAGCUCCCGCGUCAAUGCCGGUCCGCCCGCCCGGCGCGGGGCUGCGGGCACGGUGUCCCCCGCUCUGUGGGCAAAGCAGCGGCGUGCACCCGUUAAACUCCCCUCGGGAGGGUUUUCACGGGGGAGAAGGCGCAGCGCCCUACGUAUGGCGCACAUCCAGCAGCCCGCGUCCAGAAAAGCGUCUCCGAGAAGCUGAGGCUCAUGGUGGAGCAAAAAGGCAGUGGCCGCUCGCUGCCUGCCCUGUGCCAAGAUGCAAGUAUGGAUAUAAAGGCCUAUGAUGAUUACUCCAGUCCACCGCUUCAGAGAUAUUGAAAGGACACCUGAAUACCUCCAGCCAGAAAAGUGUGUUCCACCUCCUAGCCGCCCUUCCCUGGGAACAAUGUGGUUUAUUCGAGAUGGCUGUGGUAUUGCAUGUGCUGUCGUUACCUGGAUGCUGGUGUUCUAUGCCGACUUUGUAGUCCUCCUUGUCAUGCUAGUCCCAUCGAGAGAUUAUGUUUAUAGUGUCAUCAAUGGCACACUGUUCAACACCUUGGCUUUCCUCGCUUUGGCUUCACAUUUUCGUGCUAUGCUGACAGAUCCAGGUGCUGUACCCAAAGGUAAUGCCACAAAGGAGUUCAUCGAGAGUUUACAGCUAAAGCCAGGACAGGUGGUUUACAAGUGCCCCAAGUGUUGUAGCAUCAAACCUGACAGAGCACAUCACUGCAGUGUUUGCAAGAGAUGUAUUCGGAAAAUGGACCAUCACUGCCCGUGGGUCAAUAACUGUGUAGGAGAGAAUAACCAGAAGUACUUUGUACUGUUUACAAUGUAUAUAGCCCUGAUUUCCCUGCAUGCUCUAAUCAUGGUGGGAUUUCACUUCUUGUAUUGCUUUGAAGAAGACUGGACAAAGUGCAGUUCCUUCUCUCCUCCAACUACGGUGAUUCUCCUCAUUCUCUUGUGUUUCGAGGCUCUCCUGUUUCUCAUCUUCACCUCGGUUAUGUUUGGGACCCAAGUACACUCCAUCUGCACUGACGAAACGGGUAUCGAACGUCUUAAAAACCAGAAGCCAACGUGGGAGAAGACGAGCGGCUGGGCAGGGAUGAAGCUGGCGUUCGGUGGUGCCUUCUCCUUGGCUUGGUUUAACCCUUUCUCCAACAUGAACUGCCAGAAGCCAGCACCUGCUGACACAGUGGCAGCAGCUCCUGCCUCUGCAAUAAUGACCCAGGAGGAAAUCGAGCGGUUUCUCGCUCGAGACGUCGCCGUCCAAGUGUUACCUGAAUAAGGGCAAGCGGCCCCCGCUGUGUCAGGAGCAGCUUUCAGGGUGCUUGGGUUGGGUUGUUUUAAUAACUGCUCGUGCUGGAGGUUUGAGGGGUUGUGUUCUUAACGUCCUGGAGGUGCAUUAAAGAAAAAUGAAGGGGUGUUUUAUGUGGAAACAGGGCACAGCAGUGGCAGAAGCAGUGCAGAUCUCCAGAGGAAGCUUUAGAAGGGAUGAGCUGCUUAAGCUCCUUUCCAGACCUGCACCGACUGCUUUGUUUACUUGGCCUUUAAGGGAAGUGUUUAGUUGUGAGAUAGAUUGAGCCCAGCUCCCAGAAGUGUGCAGUCCUGAGGAGUCUGAUCCUUUCUUUCUGUCCUUACAGCCUUUUGGAGGGCUGAAUGACAAGCCCUAUGCAGGGGCUGGAUUAGCCCAGCUCUAAAGGUGUGCUUGGAGAAACGCAUCGGUUUGAGCUCAUCCCAUGGAUGCUGCUGCCUUGGGGUUAGGGAAGCUGCUGGUGCUCAGUGGUGAGAUAUGCACGUGGGAGAUGGGGGAGCUCGCUCUGGGUGCCAUUCCUUUGGGCUCUGAAAUAUCUCCAGGGGUAAAUUUUAACCCUCUGUGCUCGUGGGAGUGCCCAGGAGUGGUGGCAUUCAUCUGAGCGCUGUCAGAGCUGGUGGUGCCACGAGCAGGCAAAUAUUGUCCAGGUUGGUAAGCUACUGGUGGGGGGAAGCCUUCUCCCCAGGUCUGUGGUUCAUUAGGAUGUGUGGAGCAGGAGCUUCCUGACCAAACUCUGCAGCCCAGAAAGCAGGCAGCUGGUCUAGGCCAGGCAUCAGGGCUAUUUCUGCAGACAAAGAAGAGAUGAGGACACGAGCACCCUGCUGAUGGAGGUACUGGCUCUCUCAAUUUCACUUGUCUCAUUGAGCCAUCUCUGUUUUUGUGAUAGCUGGAGUUAGUUGAGAAUGAACAUUGCCUCUUAAUCUUGCUGGGGUUUGACAUUGUCCUGUAAGUGCUUACCAUUAGGCAGGGUUUCCUUACAGUAACUUUGCAGCCAGCUCCUGGUGAGAGCUGGGGAACCCAGAGGAGGAACAGGCAUCUCUGAGGGAAGGCAGCAAAGUCGUGCAGAGGCAAUGCCAAACCCCGUGUUCAAAUAUGCCACAAGCUCUUGGUGUGCUCCAGGCCCUAGGGUAGUUUCAGUGUAGACUAUUUUACAGUCCUUUUCUCCUGUCGUCUUAGCUGAAUUGACAUCAUUUUUUGCAGGAUGUUAAAGAUGUAGCCCUGUUUCUCCCUCCACAGGACAUGCUUACCUUUAUCUCCCUCUCCCCUGUAGCAAAGACCAAAGAUGAUUGCUCCCUCUGGAAGGGGAGAGAGAGGAGCUUGGGGAAUGGAAGCAUGGUGUUGUGUGAAGUCUGUUGUUGUUUACAGAAGUGAUACCAAAUGGAAUUUGUGCAAGAUGUUUUUGCUUUUCCCCACAGAAAACAAAGGCAUCUUAAAAUGUAUUAAUGGUGUGACAUUCAGGGCUGCUGUGGAGAGAUGAGACUCUCUCCUGGAUGUGUCCUCUGCCACAGCAGUCCUUUCUUCUGGCAAAGGGACUAGGAGCAAAGGGAGUGCCGUGACUGACCAGGAGCUCUGGACAGGCUGCAUGGCUGGGACAAGGCCAGUGCCAUGGGUUUCAAUGAGGCCAAGUGCUGGGUCCUGCCCUUGGGCCACAGCAACCCCCAGCAGCGCUACAGGCCUGGGGAGGAGUGGCUGGAGAGCUGCCUGGCACAGAGGGGCCUGGCAGUGCUGGGUGACAGCAGCUGAACAGGAGCCAGCAGCGUGCCCAGGUGGCCAAGAAGGUCAAGGGCAUCCUGGCCUGGAUCAGGAACAGCGUUGUCAGCAGGAACAGGGAGGUGAUCAUUCCCCUGUGCUCGGCUUCGGUGAGGUCACACACUGAGUACUGUGUCCAGUUUUGGGCCCUCUCAUGGAGGUGCUGGAGAGGAUCCAGAGGCUGAGCUACCAAGCUAGGAAGGGGUUUGGAGCAUGUUUCAGAUGAGGAACAGCUGAGGGCUCUGGGGCUGUUCAGCCUGGAGAAAAGGCAGCUCAGGGGAGACCUUCUUGCUCUCUACAGCUACCUGAAAGGAGGCUGUAGUGAGGUGGGGGUUUGUCUGUUCUCCCUAGUGACAAGCAAUAGAACAAGAGGAAACAGCCUUAAGUUGCACCAGGGGAGGUUCAGGCUGGAUGUGAGGAGGAAUUUCUUUCCUGACAGGGUUGUCAGGCAUUGGAACAGCUGCCCAGGGAGGUGCUGGAGUCACUGUCCCUGGAAGGGUUUCAGAGCCGGGUGGAUGUUGCACUGAGGGAAAUGGUCUAGUGGUUGGUAGGGCUGGGACAAAGGCUGGACUUGAUCUCAAAGGUCUCUUCCAGCUGAAAUCAUUCCAUGAUUCUAUGACUGUUGGGAGCACAACUUGGCUCAAACACAGGGGCUGUUUCCAAACAGUCAUCCCGUCCCCUGUGUAUUCUGCAUGUGUCCUCUUUGUCAGUGAAACAUAGAUCUGGGGAGAAAACACCUCAAACCAUUAGGAACUGUGUAUUUAUAAAAACAUUUUAGGUAAACACCCUGCAUUUAGGAAGCAUUGAGGUGACCUCUCGUGCCAUUUGGACAUAAGGCCUGGCAUGUCUUUGCAACGUGCAGCAGUGUGAUAGUGAGGGAAGAAGCUGUCUUGUACACCAGCCUGUGUUCCUUUCUGUCAGUGUCUCACAGGAAAGAGCCAUCGGGGACAUGCACAGAUCUAUAAGGGAUUUCCUGUAGGGAGCAAUAGGGAUGUUGAAGGAGGAAGAGUGCCCUUUUUAGCUCAUGCUUUCUAGAUUUGGCUUGCUGCUCAGCCUCUGCAUCCAGUGAACGUGCCUGCAGGUGCUGUGUCUGCAGAGGAAUGGUGCUACAGGGUCCUGGGGGAGAAACUAGUUAAUGUCUGAAAAUCACCUUGAGGCAGGCUCAUGGAGGCGUUGGCUUGGCAGAGACUCCCUUGUUUUGGUGAUGCUUCUCAGGAUGCAGACCCCAAAGCCUCUUGCUUUGGGUAGGCACAGACAGGAGCAGCAUAUCUCCUCCUUCCCUCUCAAACCCAGUUUACCUCAGCACAAGGGCAGGUGUCCUUCGCUUCUGUUUCCCACCUCUCCCCUGGUUCUUCAGGUACUGGAACUUAGGGGUUGGUUUGGGUUUGGUUUGGUUGUGUAAUAGCUAAACUGAAAAGGCUGCAUGCAGAGGAGAGUGGGAGCCAGAACAGCUGCCUCCCCUCCUCUCUCAGCACAGUUCUGCUCUGAGAGAUGGGGACAUGUCCCUGUGCCUUUCACAGAGCUGAGGGCAGCCAGCCCAAGCCCCAGCUCUGGUGCCCCCCAGCACCUGGUGGGGUGACUCACCCCACCUCCAAAGUCCUGGUACCCCUCAGCAUGUCUCCUCUCUGUUUUAGUACAGUGUGGCAACCAUCAGAAAUGGCAGGAGACUCCAUGAGAUGGAAACACCCCAGUUUUACCCACAGCUUUAGUGUAAGCUGCUUUCCUUAAUGACUGCCUGGCAGCUCGAGGCCAAACGUGAUUUCUGUGAAAUUGAAGCCAGACCCACCAUUGUCCUUCCCUCUGCACCCUCCUUGCCCCUUGUUAAACUGUGCCUUCCCCUUCAGGCCCUGGUGCCGUGGGGAAGGGGCUGCUGGGGAGCAUGCUGGUGCUGAUGGCACAAGCAUGAGGGGGGCCAGGAGGGUGCUCCCCGGGCUCUGCUCAGAGCAGAUCCCCAUGGCUGCCCCAGCCUUCUGUGUUGAGAUGUGAUGGGCAGGCUUGUGGCAGAUAUGGAAAGUGUUUCUGUACUUCAUACCCCAUGUGUCCUACAGCAGGUUUUCUAUGCAAGUCAAGAAUUCAGCUCUCUUGAGAGCAGAUGGAUUUCACCGUCCAUAACUCCUUUCUGUGCCUCUGCUCGCUACUGUACUCAUUAAAGGACUAAUACUUCA